CUUGCCUGGAAAGUCCAGGAGGAUUUGGUCCAAAGGAAACUCGUCACAUUUUAUUGGAAAGAUUUCUGGCUCGACACAUCUUCCUGGAAAGUCCAGGAGCAUUAUUGUCCUCUAGCUCGCAGCUUUGCAAUGGCCGAUCAAUGGAGGGCCGUUCCCGUGACGUCCGUACCUCUGAGCUCCGGCAGGCCGAUGCCGCGCGUGGGCUUCGGCACGGCGUCGUUCCCGCUCGGCGAGGGCGAUGACCGUCCCGUCGUGCGCGAGGCCGUCCUCCGUGCCCUAGAUUCCGGGUACCGCCACUUCGACACGGCCGCGGUGUACGGCACGGAGCGCGCGCUCGGGGACGCCGCCGCGGAGGCCGUGCGCGCCGGGGCCAUCGCCUCCCGCGACGACCUCUACGUCACCUCCAAGCUCUGGAUCACCGACGCACACCCUGGCCGCGUCCUGCCGGCGCUCGAGAAAACACUGCGGAAUCUGCAGAUGGAGUACGUGGAUCUGUAUCUGAUUCACUUCCCGGUGAGCAUGCGGCCGCCCGCAGCGCAAGGAAGCCCGGUGGUGGUGAAGGAGGACCUGGUGGCAAUGGACAUGAAGGGGGUGUGGGAGGAGAUGGAGGAGUGCAAGAGGCGAGGCCUGGCCAAGGCCAUCGGCGUCAGCAACUUCAGCUGCAAGAAGCUCGAACACUUGCUCUCCUUUGCCAAGAUCCCUCCAGCUGCUAAUCAGGUUGAGGUGCACCCGUAUUGCCGGCAGACGAAAUUGAGGCAGUUUUGCAUGGAGAGAGGCAUCCAGCUCUGUGCCUACUCUCCACUGGGCGGGAAGGGCGCACCAUGGGGCAACAGCUCCGUCAUGGACUGCCCUGUCCUCAAGCAGAUCGCCGUCGAUAGGGGCAAAACCGUAGCCCAGGUGUGCUUGAGGUGGGUGUAUGAGCUUGGCGACUGCGUGAUCACCAAAAGCUUCAAUGAGAGGAGGAUGCGCGAGAAUCUCGGCAUCUUCGACUGGGAGCUCACAGGCGAGGACCACUGCAAGAUCAGUGCUCUCCCAGAGUCCAGGGGAACCUACGAUUUCUUUGUCCACGAGUCCGGACCGUACAAAACUGCCGAUGAGUUCUGGGACGGCGAGAUCGUCGCCGGCCAAUGUAACCAGACACCUGUCGAUCUAUCCAGCUAAUCCGUGUACUAGGUAUUCUAUGUAUACUGCUGCAUACAUCCGACUAAGUAUUAUUUGUAUGUACUGUAUGUACAUCCGUGAUGAAGUAUUGCAAACUCUGAUCCAUAUGUACAAGACCCGGAUAUGUCCGUGAGCACAAAAUGAAUAUGAAUCUCGAUAUGUUUUCGACUC